CGCAGCUUCAGUCUGGAGUCGCUACGACGGGACCGCAAUGAAGAGAUAAAUAGCAGCCUUAUCUAUUUAUUUUCAAGUAUUACGGGUCUCAUUCAUUGAUAACCGAGAGACGGUGGCUGGUUUGGAAAGCUGCUGAUGUCUGCUUCAGAGGGCUGCCUAGAAGAAUAAUGGAUGAGAUCCGUUGCUAGCACUUGUUGAAUAUUCUGAUCGACUCUUCAAGCUGAAUGAUGGAGGGUAGUGAUGACGUGUCUGGAGCCACGACGCAACCGCAGACUGACGUGUGCAGCGCUGAGGUGGGAGUGAGAGAAAUCACCAGCAAAGUGGAAGAUGGAGCAACUCCUCUCAUUCCUGACGACUCCUGUGAUGGCAAAGGAGGGCUGUCCAACCUGGUAGAGCCUCCUGCGCCGUCAGUGGUGACUCCCGCCACUGAAUCUCCGGGAGGCAUGUCGCUCAAAGUGGCCACCACUGUGCUGCACCCGGUGUGUCUGGGAGAGAGCCCACUGAUGCUGCCCAUUCACCUCCAGAUGGCCGGAGCAGCCGGGACUCAACUCGGCCAAAUGGGGGCAGCACCGUACCUGAUAACAAGCCAAAGCCCUGUCUCACUCCCCCUGGUCCUGGAUCAGCAGGUUAUCCAGCACAUGAGUCCCUCUGUAAUUCCUCAGACCACAAACUGCCCUCAGCUGCCGCUCCAGAACAACGUCCUGUGUCAGAAUCCUCUGGCAUUCGGUUUACCUCCAGCUGUGGACCAGAAGGCAGCGGGACAAACGCAGGACGCUAACCUGCUCUCUCUCCUCCAGAAUCCAGCUUUCGCGGCCAUCUUGCAGGACCUCUUCCCUUCCCAGGCCGGUUCGUCGACCUGCCAGUCGCCGGGCUCUACUUUCUUCCCCCUUCCUCCCCUCACACCUCCCUACACCUCCCCUCUGGCCCCCUUGGUCCCUCCUGCCACGCUCCUAGUCCCCUACCCCGUCAUCAUCCCCCUGCCAGUGCCUCUGCCUGUCCCACUUCCCAUCCCCAUCCCUGUCCCUCAGACUGAAGACUCAAAGGGGAACAUGCCAAAACCAGUUUGCACUGUGAGUAAAAGCACUCAGACUUCUCCAAAAGAUACUACCUCUCCGUUGUUGUCUUCAAGCAGAUGCGUGCCACCGUUGCAGCCACAAAAUGUGUCCCCGUCUUCAUCACUUCCUGUAGAUGAAGGACAGGCUUUGGAUCUCUCUGUCAGGGCGUGUCCAGUCGAACCAAAGCAGGAAUACCCCAGCCUGCAGCAGGACAGUGUGCUUGACCUGUCAGUGCCUGGUGUGAGGAAAAAGUGUGUUCAGUCAUGCAGCUCCAGUGGCUCACCAGGACGAGACAGAGAAUUAGCCUUCCAGUCCGGUCAGGAUACAGGCGGUACGUCGUUGUCUCUGGGCGUUGAAUGCACUCAGAGUUUAGAUUCCAAACUCCUAGGAAGCCUGGCCUCGCUGGAGUUCAGCCGGCAGCACAAGUGGGUGGUUGACAGCAGCCCCAGUGGGUCCAGCUCCCUAGGUCAGGAGGCGGCCCUCAGCGGUGCCGGAAACCUCGAAAUAGUCAGCACCUCGCAGACGGCCAAGGUCAUUGUCUCCGUGAAGGACGCCAUCCCCGCCAUCCUGUGUGGGAAGAUAAAAGGCCUCUCGGGAGUCUCCACCAAGAACUUCUCCAUCAAGCGGGAUGGCAGCCAGGGGGCGUCGCUGCAGCAGCUUUACGCGGUGCCGUCGGCAUCCCAGGUGGAGCAGCACGACCCCAACGACCCACUGAAAAAGGUCCCUAAAAGCAGAGCCAUCAAACUGAAGAAGGUCAGCUCGCAGGAGAUCCACUUCCUUCCCAUUAAGAAGCAGAGACUGGCAGCACUGCUCCCCAGGAAGUGAGAGCGCUCGGCUGGAGGGGGAUUAAUUGCUGGAGCCCUCUCUGGUAAUCCCUCCGGAGCGUGUAACAUAAAACACAUGUGGGGACGUUCUGUAAUCAAACUCAUACAGUUUUAUGUCCAAUCAGAGCUCAGAGUUUGGCUCCAAGUGUUGCUGAAACUGAGGCUUGCGAAUGUCUGACAGUGUGACACAGAGGUUCCAGAGAAGAUUUCUGAACUGCUGUGUUGUUUUCUAAUGCACUACUCUACAGUGUUAGACUAAACCAGAAAUGUUUUUUUGUGUAUGGCAGCUUAAUGGGCUCUCCAUGUGGCUUUGGAGUCUCUCUUUAUAAAUCAGAGAUGUUAAAGAACAGUUUUGACUUUAUAAUUACAGCAAAGACACAUGGGUUCCAUUUUUCCAUUUCGGUCCAUGGUUUAUUUCCACGUGUAAUUUUUCUUUAAGUGCACUGAAGACAUAAAAAAGCCGAUAGUUGAGGUUCUCGCUUUCGGGAGCAGAGCAGUAUCCACUGGCAGGAUGUGACUGAGACUGUUAAACCAUGUCCCAUCGUUGGAAAUUCCCAUAAUCGUCAGUAGCUCACUGGGGCGAUUCAUCUCCUUUUCUGAUUGGCAGGGGUUUAGCAUGACAGGUUAAUAAGGACUUGCGAGGGCCACAGCUACGAUUUAAAAUGAAAUGUUGGCAACAGCCACCAGUCACAACAAAAUACAUGCUUACUUUGUUAAACAGCAGGAAAAAAAAGGGAUGUCUUAAUUGUUUUCAUAUUUAAACAAUGUUCUACCGGCCUGUCCAAAUAUAAGGAAAAUAUUUCUGGAAAGAGCUAUUUCUGUUGCUGGCUGAAUUAGCCUCCCAGCAAGUGUAUAAAACAGUAUCAAAUCCUGCUGUUUCCAUUAACAGACUCAUUAAGUGAAUCUAGGUGGAAGUUAUGGUAUGAUUUCACCUUUUAAAUGAACUUAAAAUGUGAAGGGGAGAUAAAGCAGAAGGGAACAGCCAGAUUAAAGAAGAAAUAAUCACCAUUUCCUUACCUUACUUUGGUGAGAGGAAAUACUGUUCAUAUAUUUGUUUAAGUGUGUGUUAGUCUGUUAUUAGAAUCAGUGCUGGUGAGACUCCACCCCCUCCUCUCAUCAAACAUGUUGGUGUGAAACAUUUGUUCCAAGUAGUUUGGUGUCAUCUCUUAUUGUUUUGUGGAGCAUGAUAUUUUUUCUGUCCCAUGAUGGCAGAGUUGUGAAUGUGGAGAGUGUCAUCGUGUGUGUGUUUCCUACUGAGUGCACUUUGUCAUAGUUUAGUUGAGAAAAGUUACAGGGUGUUCUACCUAAGACUCUGUUGCCCCCUUUGUGAUUACGUUUAUGAAAAUCUGUGAAUUACAGGCCAAGAACUAAUAACAGCCAUAUGCAGACAGUCUGGAUGAACAGAGGAGGGAUGGAAAAUACCUAAAGCUCUACUUUUUACCAGUUCUUUAUUUAUAUUGAUGUACUUUUUUUUAGGUAAUGUCUGCAGUCCAUCCAACACAAAGCUCUUUUUCCCACAUUGAAGUAGUUUGAGCUGUUGUACAGGAUUUCACCCUAAUUUAUUCUUUGUACAACUUUUAUUUAUACAGUCUGUGUAUAUACUGGAUGGUCAGUGAGGAGACAAAGUGUGACUGGACGUUAAAAAAAAAAAAAAAAACACCUUCCUUUCUAACUGUCAGUCUCCUGAAGCACCUUUUGCUUAUGAAAACUGUUGUUUUAUUGAAGAUGUUGGUGAAGACACAGUUGAAAGCUGGCAGUGAAAUGUUUGCUUACUGUACAGUGUGUGAUUUUUAUAUGGAAGUGAACUAAAAUCUCACAAGGUCUCAAUUUCCUUGUCUGCCUUUUCUUGAUGACAAGGAGUCAGUCUUCUUGGUACCGUGGUACAGGAGAGCUUUCAGCGUCAAGUGUACUUAUGUUCAAAUGACUCACCAGACUCAUCCAGUAUCUCAUUAGUUUGUAUUGAUGACAACUCAACCAUUUCUCAGUGCUUCACUAUUUGUGAUUUUUAUCUGUUUUUACCAAGUCCUGUCUAAAAAGCAGCAUAAAGCUUUUGUUUGUCAGUGUGUUGAUGGUGGAGGAUUAAAGCUGAAGCAUUUUCAGUUCAAGCUGCUGGUAACGAUACAACAUUUUCACAUUAGAUUCGCCUUUCGCUGUGUUGUUCAGUGAGAACGCAGCUAGAACAGACUGAAAACACAAGCCCCUCCUGAUACAACAUAUGUGAUCAAUCAAAAUCCUUUUUCAAAAUGUCUGAAGUGUUUUUAAACUGUUUUGACAGCUAUUGUCUGAUUUUUCAUGUCCUAAACACAAGCAGGCCUGGCUUCUUUCUCACACUCGAGAGGUCAAAUUUCAAAACAAAUGUCACAAAGACUGAUGUGAGGAGUUUAAUGAUGGAAAUGCUGGACUUUAAAGUUAUUCUGAAACAGUGUAGUUCUUACUGUGCAAAGCUCUCAGUUUAUAUAAAAUGGGCGACUGAUUUCCUGAAUGAACUUUUGUAGGUAACACUGGUAUAGAAUAAAAGAAUUCAUCAAC